CUGUAUAGCCCGCGGCCCGCAGCUAGAACGCUUUAUUUUGCUAUAAAAGCGUUUUAUCCUCAUAAAAGCUUAAAUCCGCACGGAGCUUUCUCCCGCGGCGGGUCGGCAAAAAGAGCAUUAGCGCGGUCUCAGGCAACAUGGCAGCGGCACGCCCCUCGCCCGCCGAGCGCCGUUGGUCGCCGGGCUCCGCCCUCGGGAGGCGCCGCCCGAGCCUUCACGCAGAGCCGCCGCAGUAGACACACUCACCUCGUACAGGGCGGACGUGCGACACUUACUGACUCUCAACAACUCCGCACAGACGACACCGUACUCACCAGCGACAGAACUGCUGUGAGUGAGCUGUCCGAGGUGGCGGUGGGUGUGGGCGGGGGGUGGCGGCGGGCGCUGGAUGUGUCGGAGGCCGGCGCCAUGACCGUGCAGCGCGACCAGCGCGAGCGCGCGCCGCGGACCAGGUUCAUGAUCACGGACAUCCUGGACGCGGCGCCCAGGGACCUCAGCGCGCACAGGGACUCCGACUCCGACAGGUCCGCCACGGACUCGCCAGGUGUCAAAGAUGAUUCGGAUGACGUUUCGAGCAAAUCCUGCGGCGAUGCGUCAGCGUUGGCUAAGAAGCAGCGUAAAGCCAGAACAGCAUUCACGGAUCAUCAGCUGCAGACCUUGGAGAAGUCUUUCGAGAGACAAAAAUACCUCAGCGUUCAAGAUCGUAUGGAGCUAGCAGCUAAACUAGGUCUCACGGACACACAAGUCAAGACCUGGUAUCAGAAUAGAAGAACGAAAUGGAAGCGUCAAACGGCCGUUGGACUCGAGUUGCUAGCAGAGGCUGGCAACUACGCCGCCUUUCAACGUUUGUAUGGAGGUUACUGGGCAGGAGUGCCAGCGUACCCCGCACAGCCUGCCCCGUCUGCUGAUUUAUACUACCGUCAAGCUGCUGCAACUGCUGCUGCAGCAGCCUCUGCCUCUGCAAACACGUUACAGAAACCAUUACCAUAUCGAUUAUACCCUGGCGCUCCAUUGGCGGGUGUUCCUCCGUUAGGCCUGGGUCUGCCGGGUCCGUCUGCUCACUUGGGUUCGCUGGGUGCUCCAGGUUUGGGAGCCCUAGGUUACUAUGCACAAGCAAGACGCACUCCCUCACCAGACGUGGACCCCGGCAGCCCGGCACCACCGCCUCGAUCUCCACGAGAACAAUCCGUAGAACGACACACCGACGACGAAGAAGACGACGAAACCAUACACGUGUAA